AUGGGUUCGGAAGCUGGCCCGAUCGAUGCCCUCCAACAGGUCAUAGGUUUGUUGUGCGCUUCAUUUACUUGACUUCCGUCUCAUGGACUUCAACACAGUUUCGGCAUAAGUUCAGCAUUUAAAAAACCUUGAACGGUGGCAACACAAAUAGCCAAGAAAUCACAACACGCACCUGGCCUAAACUGGAGCACUUGAUGAAUGUUCUUCAAAGACUUUCCGACACCUCUACAGCAACCAGGGUUGAAGAGCAGUUGACUGGGCAUCCUGUUCUUCCCCUGUUCCAUUCUGAAGAAAUGCAACGCUAGGCGAAUUAAUCGCAUUAUAAUAGAACAUUCGGCACAAGUUUCUAUCAACUGUGACAAGUCGGUCUCGAGAGAGAAUUUCGGUGUACCCAAGGAAUAUUGAGCAGAACAGCAACUUCGAGCGUACACUGUCAAACUAUAUAAUCAAGCUUAUUUGAGUUUGCUUCCGAUUUAUGCUAUCUCUGCCAAUGGUAAGUACUCCAUCCAACUGUUCUAACCGUCUAUAUUCUGAACUUUAAAAUGCGUACUUAUAGCACACAAUUCGUAACGCUGUAGUAGAUAAAGGCUACUGGCAUCUUUGAAGGCAAAUUGAACGUUGGACUUCCGCCACUGUCUCAUGGGGCAUACUCAUAGAAGGUUUCCAGAAAUCAUAAGUUGGCAAAGUAUUUUCCUCGUAUUACCACGAUAUUCCGUGCUUCCUUCGACUGUGCUGCACGGUUGCUAAGAAAGACGAGUUGGAGGCGAAGUAGUGGUGAACUGUCCACGUCCAGUAGCAAGAGGAGUGGGGAUUUUUACGAUGUGUACUUAAACUAUGGUCGACCGCUUGAUGUGCGGUCGGCGGUAACCUGGUAAGUGAGCCACACACAGUCAGCAGUUUGAAUACUAUAGCAUCCCAGUGUGCGCAGGAGUUUAGUACCACGAAUAACAGUCAUAUCAGUUCACAUAUUUUUUCCAGUACUUAUUAAACUUGCUGAGAAUUAGUCGAGUUUCAGGGGUUUAGUGUUAUACCUAAAACGGAAGUCGAUUACAUUUCAUCGGGGAAAGAGUUUGUUCGUUUCGGCAUUCCAGAUGACACCAGAAUACGGCAUCUAGGACGGGUAGGCAUUACUAACGGCCUGUUUUGGCAAGCCAGUAGUCGUUUUCAGCUGACUGGAAAUGCGUUCGCCAGACUCAGCAUAUGAAUAGAGAUCCGUGUAGAGAGUUGGCGAAUUUUAGUCAGAACCCUAGUCGUCCAUUUGUAUCAAAACUCUCUGGCUGCUAGUUCGGCCAAUUAUUUCAGCGCCUGCGAACUUGAUGUUCUGGCCCCUAUUCGAGUUGUAGGCAAUGACUUAGGAUAGUUUAUCCCAAUGUUCACCACAUCCUUCUCGGUAGAUCUUAACCUUCCCACGGCACUCACGUUCCUAUAACUUUGAUUACAACCUUCAUCCAAUCUGGCUCAUUGUAGUAAAGAUAUUUUGACUUUUUGGCUGACACACAGGACAAGGUCGACAACCAGGUAUGCUUGGUUCCAAGGAAACCACACGUAAACCUCAUCAAACAGUAGUUCGUCUGUUGCUUUGGAAAUAUUAUGGGCGUAUGAAAGAUAAUUUCAUGAUAUCGGCGGGCUUCUGGUUUUCACCUUCUCUGAGUGAGUGUGUAUUCAUCGGCCUAGGAAUGAUUUGUGGUAUCUACGGUAGAUGUGCUAACUCAUCAAAUGCUGGCCGAAAGUCCGAAAUACGUCUUCGACUCAAAAAGAUUACUUAAAUAAGGUUGUAAUAUUAAUAACCAUGCAGCAUAAUCCCAUGGUAAUUCAGUUACUUCAGGAUGCUGACUUUCGAACGAACUACUUUUCGGCUGUCUGCAAGGAUUAUACUCGGCAAAAGUGGCUACUUAAGUGACAUGUAAUCUUCACGUUGAUGUUCGAUGCCCUUAUGAAUUCAAUUAUAUUUAAUAAAAAACAUGCAUAAAAAUAUUCAUUUUUUCAUUUAUUUUGUAGAAAAUUACGUGUUUUUCAACUUUUAUGCUUGAGGAAGGGUAUAAUUCGGUUUUUUAUAAAAACUUUUUCAAUUCCCGAAUAGCUUUUAAGCCGACAUGCCGUUAGACUUGCAUUCGGCGUUUCCAAACUGCACGUUUUAUAUUUUCCGUGUAUGGAAAAUCAUAUGUUUCUCUACCUUAUUAUGAGGAGACCGCAUAGGUCAGCAUUUAAUGAGUCAGCACAUCUGUUAUAAUUUGUCAAAGUAAACGUCAAUCUCGAGAUGGCUGCUGACGAGGGAUGUGUCCCUUUUUAUUGGUGCAGAAGUUUAAAGCAAGCAUAGACAGCAGACUUUAUUGGAACCAAUAAAUUUAGCAAUGGUUUAUCAACUGUCGUUGCGUAACGCAUAUUAAAAAUGAAAAAGAUACAGAGAUUCGAACUUUCACAGAGAAAAUCAAUGUAAAACAGCAAGGUCAUCGUAUACUGCACGAAGACUAAUCAAUAAAAUGGCAACUUUAUUGGUUCCAAUAAAUUCUGCUGUCAAUGCUUGUUUCAAGUUCGUCCCCGGGAAAUACUUCUUCAAGUUUCUCAAAUAAUGCAGAAGUUUCGUCGACAUAACGACUUUAUGAGCAGGCCCAUGUUGGCCGGAGGAAAUUUCUCCCAAUUCUUGUAAAGCACUCCUGCAACUUGACCGAAACUGGGCAAUUCAUCGGAGUUCGUCUAUUCCGCGAGAGUUCAGCAUCUGCAGAUGAAACAGUCAAUUUCUCCAGCCACUCAUUAGGGCACUUGCUCACAACGUGGAGCACCAAGGUGAAACGAAUAUAAUUAAAUGCGAUGCGACGGUGAAGAAAACCGUAUUUACAUCUGGCCCCAGCUAUCAUGCUUUGAGGUCAGGAAAAAGUGGGAGGUCGGCUUGCUUGAGGUUGAUGAGUUGUCUUGAAUAAAAUUUUGUAAGAACUGGGAAUAGAAGUUGUCUACCCGCCCGAUAAUGCAAGUGGCUUUGCGCAACGUUCCAGGAAGGGGUAAAUACUCUCUUGUCCAAACCCUAACCCUGAACUUAACUCUGCUCCCAACUUAAACUCAACCCUUACCUUGACAAUGACCCCAGUCUCCCUGGAAAUUAGGGUAAAACGGCUGUAAGAGGGUGGAGAGUUCUUUUGCGAGUUUUUUGUUGGAAAUUCAAUUUCUGCGUCAUCUAUGUAACAAAUUAUAAGUGGACAUACUUCUCGAAGGAAUAUGCGGCCCUGAUGGAACAGUGAAUUUCGUAUUUUGGAUAAUCCCGUGAUAUGACAGGUCGUGUCUGUCUACUGAAUUAGGCUUCAUGCAUUCAAAGUGAUUGUUUCUCACUUCAUACUACAAUCCGUUUAAUUUAUUUACCAUAAUGUUCGUCCACGACUUUGUCGAGAGUCCGUAAAAUGUCAAAAUCAAAGAAACUUGCAGCUGGCUAGCUGACCUCCCGUCCACACACUCAGCUCAUUGUUAGCACUUUUAGAUAACGAACUGGAAAAGCUUUAGGAAUAAUUUACUUGCAAUUGUUUUUCCCGCCACUUAAACCGGGCUUUUACAUGAAACCAGAUCAGUAGAAGAACUCUUCAUUCUCAUUGGCUGAAAGUUCUUACCCUUCGGUCUGUGAAAUUUAUAACAUUUAUGCUGUCGGGAUUUGACCUAUGAUUUUAAAUCUCUUCUUUUCUAAGGGAAUACCGAACUAUCCUAACACGUGAAAUUUGUUUUUCUCGAUAAGGCCGGACCAUAGGAUUUAAUAUGUGUGUUCUGUUUUGUCCUUUCAAAUGAUCAUAAAGCAAUGUGCAAUCACCAAUAUAGAAACGUUAUUGACAGAGUCAAGUAAGGAAAAAGGAUCAUUUCUAGUCCCUCCGCCAUCCUGCGAUUUUGCCACAUCAAUAAAUACUGCAUACGAGUGACUUCAAAUAUGACCGAUCGCGGCCGACAGAACCAAGACCUACUUCUGCCAAGAGAAGACUUAGUUUUCUGACAACUUGAACUAGGCUCGAAUUUCAGACGUCUUAACCCAGAAUUGAGUGAUGGACGAUCGAUGACGGUAAAUAAAGUAGAAACGGAUGUUUCAGUCUCCAUUUUUGCCCCUAGUGAUGAUUGCUCAUCGGUUCCGGUCUGCAAGACAAAAGAAAUUAGGCCGUCGCGCAGGCCUUUUGCUUUCCAUCAACCGGACCGCCAUCGCCGCCACCAGUUAACUACUUGCUGCAUGUGGGGACGGCUGUGAGGGAGCAGUUGCCUACGUUCUCCCACUCCUGAGUGCACGAGGCAUGAGUGGAGGCCCGCCGGGCUUGCUGACGUCCUCCACACGCCGGAGACUGCAAAGGAAGGCCAACUGCCGGAGAAGCAAUAAAUGUGUGUCGCGGCAUCGAAACUCACAGGCGGGAGACUUAAAAGAGGCCUGCCAGAGUGUAAUUAGUGUUUAGGCACGGGCCUGGGAAAUAGAACGCCAAAAAUAACCCAUCCGCCCAUUCGCAGUGCCCCCCCCCCCACGCCUCUCUGGACAAAGAUCUGAAAAAUCGUGCGUCCAGUGCAUAUACAGACCUUGUGUACACUAGGCGACACCAAAGAGGAGAUAUGUCCUUCUGUUUCUCACACUGUGAAUGGGUACGCAUGCCAGCGAGUGCGCCAGCUCACAUCCAAGGCCUAACGAUCGCUUCCAGGCUAAGUAACCCUGUUUGAGGUAGAAGGUGAACGAGUUUAAUGUGUGUACUUCGAGAGGUUGCAAAAAAGUUUAGUAAGGGCUUGCCUUUUAGCACGGGUGAUAUAGCCGAAUUGGUUUUUUCAUUUCCUUUCUCGGUAGGUCGUUGAAAAAUAGCAUUACAAAAGUAAGUCAGGCGACACCCGAAGAGAAAUGAGACGGUCAAAUGAACACCAAAAUUAAAAUGCAUAUAUUCUUUCCGAAGAUUCGACUGAUCUGCCUCUGGGUCAAACAAUGACUCCAUAAUCAUAAAAUUGAAAUGAAGCGGGAGCGCCUUAACUGGAAAAAGUGCUGCUUUCUACUGGGGAGACAGAGAUUUCGGUUCGCGUUAUACAGGCUGACAGUGUUGUUCCAGUUAAGACGAAGGGUCCCGCUCAACAGGCCGCCGACUCGAUCUCUGUGUCCCAAAAUGUUCCCAGCAUAUCGAACUCUGUGCCACUCCGGAGCAAAUACCAAGUGCAUUUUUUUAUUUUAUUAACAGAAUUUAGAAUGAAAACAGCUACUCUAAAUUAACAGUUUUAGCGCUAGCUAUUGGUCAGAAUGUUAUCUACCUGAGCUAGAGAACUACUCUGUAUGAAAUAAGCAAAGCAAAUGAUAUUUUUGUUAACUGGGGAUGGUGACGGUAGUGUCGAUGCUGAUGGUGAUGCCGGUUUCGGCGGCGGUAAGAAUGGCGGUGGGCCCUUCUUAUAUCUCGAAUUAUCGGUCCUGAGCUCUCAGCUCUGCCAGUCUGAGAUGACAUCAACUUUCAUGCUCCGGUCGCAGGAAGUGGCUCACAGUAGACUAUUUGACUCAAAAGAGUGAAUGUCGCUAGAAGGAUAGGACUUGGUUGGUUGCAUAUGAGCGCUGAUAAUUUUAACCCUUUAAUGUACCUGUAGCGCUUGGAGUUUGCGAUGCGUAGUAGUCAAUGGCGUUCACGCACGUUCUUUCCUGUUGAUUGGCUCGGUAAACCACAAGCUCUGGGGUUCUUGCACCCGGCAAAUGGCUAUCUCACUUUAUACUGCCUCUCGCUUUGACACCAAUUGGCAACUUGAAAAAUACUCCCUUUGUUGGUAGGUUCUGCACAACAAUUACUUAUGUGUAUUCUCCCGUUACCUUACCCCAACUGUUAGUCUUGCUGAAUAUCUAAUAAACAUGCAGUCUCUUUGGAGGAACUUAAGUCUAACGGCGAUCUUGAAGUUACACUGCCGAGUCGCCUUCAGGUGCGAACUGUUGAUUCAGAUCGCUUGCUCAAAUCCAACCGACCCGAAGACUCACAGAAACAAAGCGGUCUUAGGUUUGACGGUGACUAUCCUCAUUAUAGUUCCAGGACCUUGGGGCCGUUUCGUCGGGGGUGCAGGCUCUUCAUUGCAUGGCCUAGUCCGAAUGCUAACCAUAGCCAAAAGGGAAAUUGGAACCUAAAAAUGCAGCCAAUACGGGACAGGAUGGAAAGGUCUUGAGGAAAUUCUGCAGUUAGCUCGACCAAGUCAGAAACCCCUUCACUCACACAAGCCAUUAAUCAAAUGACACCUACACUGUCUGGGUUUAAUUAGCUUAUUACCUCGCUGCCUUCUCACGCACUUUGUCUGCUCGGCGGUCUGUAGGUAGACUGGCAGGUCAUUAUUAUCGAGUGGAUGCUCUCUGUGCCUGCACCCUUAGGUUCGUCAGCACUGUCUGCCCACUACAGACAACUUCUGCUACCGGGUACAGUGGAGAGGGGAUUUGGGGCUUGUGUGAACUGCCUCGUGGCCUGCUAUGACCCCUCUGUCUCCUCCUCCUCCUUCUCCUCCUCCUCCUCCUCCUCCUCCGCUUACUUUGCAGUUCAGACACCCACACGCCAAGAGUGGUCCCCUUAG